AGGGCGAGCGCCGGGCUCCGCGCCGCCCCUGCUCCCCGCGCGCCGCGCCCGCCCCUGCGCACCCGACGGCCCGCGGCGGGGAGGAGUCCGCCGAGUUUGCCCCGAAGCGCGGGGAAGUUUCCCGCGAAGCUGCGCUCCUGGAGGAGCGGGACCGGCCGGCGGGUGCUCGCGAGGUUACUUCAUGGAAUGAGCACCCAAUAGAACAAGAAAGGAUCAAAGCUCUAUCGAAAAACAAAUCAUGUGGUCUUCAGAAAUGAGGAGAAAUGCAGCCAUCUGAAAUGGUCAUGAACCCCAAACAAGUCUUCCUCUCGGUGCUGAUAUUUGGGGUAGCGGGGCUACUCCUGUUCAUGUAUUUGCAAGUCUGGAUUGAAGAGCAACAUACAGGGAGAGUGGAGAAGAAAAGAGAACAAAAAGCAACCUCAGGAUGGGAGCCAGUAAAUUACCUGCAACCUAUACCCAGAAUCAUGACUAGAGAACAAAUCCGGGGACAUAUCACCAACCAGAACCUCAAGUUCCACAUCACUGAGGAUCCCAAGGGAAAAAAGGAAAAUCUUCUGCUCAACUCUGAGAGGCCAAUGAGGGUCUUAACAAAGACCAGCCACUCACAAGGAGAGGAUCGAGUUUUGGGGAAGACCACAGGGCCACCAACAAUUAAGCUGAUUGCAAAACAUCAAGGAACUAGGACUGUUUUCAAGAAGUUCAGUGAAAUGAAGUGGCCAUUGGACAUACACCCUUUAAAUAAAAGUUUAAUCAAAGACAACAAAUGGAAGGAAACGGAUGUGGCCCAAGAGAAACGCAGGUCUUUCCUUCAGGAGUCUUGCAAAAAAUAUGGCGGGGUGAGUCGUCCUCAAUCACAUCUUUUUCAUAUGGUAUCCAGGAUCUAUGUGGAAGAUAAACACAAAAUCUUAUAUUGUGAAGUACCCAAGGCUGGCUGCUCCAACUGGAAGAGAAUUCUGAUGGUGCUAAGUGGGUUGGCUUCCUCUGCAUACAACAUCUCCCAUGAUGCUGUUCACUACGGGAAGCAUUUGAAAAAACUAGAUAGCUUUGACUUAAAAGGGAUAUAUACUCGUUUGAAUACCUACACCAAAGCUGUUUUUGUUCGUGAUCCCAUGGAAAGAUUAGUGUCAGCAUUUAGAGACAAAUUUGAACACCCCAAUAGCUAUUACCAUCCAGUAUUUGGGAAGGCAAUUAUAAAGAAAUAUCGGCCAAAUGCCUGUGAAGAAGCAUUAAAUAAUGGAUCUGGGGUCAAAUUCAAAGAGUUCGUCCACUAUUUGCUGGAUUCCCACCGUCCAGUAGGAAUGGACAUUCACUGGGAAAAGGUCAGCAAACUCUGCUAUCCGUGUUUAAUCAACUAUGAUUUUGUAGGGAAAUUCGAAACUUUGGAAGAAGAUGCCAAUUACUUUUUGCAGCUGAUUGGUGCUCCAAAAGAGCUGAAAUUUCCAAACUUUAAGGAUAGGCACUCUUCUGAUGAAAGAACCAAUGCUCAGGUCGUGAGACAAUAUUUAAAGGAUCUGACUCGAACUGAGAGACAAUUAAUCUAUGACUUUUAUGACUUGGACUAUUUGAUGUUUAAUUAUACAACUCCAUUUUUGUAGUUUGCAUUAAUCUUCUAAAACCCUGUAGUUACUUCAUGAUGAUGGCCUCAAAUCAGCUAACUGUAAUUUUCCUGCAGUUCUCUGUAUGAGAGAGAAUUUAACCAAGUGUAGUUGUCUUGAUUUAAUGAAGAUUUUUACCAAAUAGUAUGACACCAAUUGGCACAAAGUUAUAGGAAAGUUACCUUACAGAGACAUGUAAACAAGUUGAGUUGCUCUAGAAUGUUUGGAAAAUAGCUGCUUUUGCAUUAUGGAUUAUAUUAUAGAAGCAAUAACCUAGCCAGCUGCUACAUUAGCUUCAACAGCCUCUUGCAAUGAUAGAAAAAGGGAUCUAAAAUAGCAUGAGUAUAUGUCUACAUCCUGGAAUUUGUUGUCUAAAGUGCAUGGAUAUAUUUUUAGCAGUCUGUGACAUAUUACUCGAACCUUGGAGAGUUUUCUUACACCCUGGAAAUCUUUCUAUCAACUGCAAUGAUAAAUCCAUUUUGAAAUAAUAUUUUGGACCUAGGCAUUUAAGUUUAGAUUGGAAGGCAUUAUGUGAUUUACAAUAUGAGAAUAUAGCAGAAAAACCAGAUGAGGCUAUGGCUUUUUAUAUUCAACAGCCAAUAAAAAAUGCACAACAUGCUAAGAUCAAAGCAACAAAAACAACCUUCCUCUUCCAGAAAAAGUUAGGGGAAUUGAUUCUGUUUUCUUCUGAGCCCUCUGUGCAGAGACAAAAUGAACAUAACCACUAAAGGUCCUCGCUUCUGAAGCAGGCAGUUGAGAAGUUUAAGUCUCAUCAGAUAUAAAUGUGCUCCUAAUUUCUGGUUUAAUUGGGCAGGGGGGAAAUUGUUUCAGGAUGGAAUAAUCAUCAAAAACAAAAGUUGCCACUUUGAAUAUGGGCCUCAAACAAUAACAAAGUUUUAUAAGAGUAUUAUUUGAAUCAAAGCAUCGUGUGCAUAGCUUUAUAUGUGGAAUGUACUCUAAGAAUAACUUUUGUUUCCAGUCUAAUUACUUAGCUUAGGAAUGACUUUUUAAAAACGCCUAUACCACUUCAAAGAUAGGUUAUAUUCUAGAGAAUAAACAAAACAAGAGCCCCUAGAAACAUUUUUAAUAGGCUUAUGCAUAAACAAAUUCAGGAGUUUUCUUUUUAAGUUCAAAUAUUCUAUCCUAACACAGUCAAAUACCAUUGCAUUCAAAUAUUAAAUCCAAGUUUUGGGAAAACAGGACCAUGUGUCACCCCUAUCGAAGUUGUAAUGCAUUUUGGAAUUUUUUUCCAGCGGACCCUAAAUUUGAAGACACGUUUGGAUGGGAACUUAUUUUAAUUGGUUGACUAUUUGAGUUAAGAAGACCACAUGUCAUUGAAACUCUGUUUAAAUGCAGUUCUCAAACAUGUUCUUCUUCCCAAACUCUCAUUUUUUUUCUCGUCAAUAAAUAUUCAGUAACGUCUCGCAAAGAAAA